GGGGUUCGUUGGGGAUUUAUUCGUGAUUAUUGCUAGCUAUAUGGAGGUGAGCAUCACGAGCAACUUGCGACGUAAGCUAAUGUCGCUUAGAUCAGAAUUAAACCUCUAUUCAAGCGCAUCUUUUACCGCAAGAAGGAGAGGAAAGAGGCACGACAGUUCGGGUCGUACGUAUUAUACGAAAAGGAUGAAACCGCAUUACACGCGACGCUCCUACUAUGCACACGACUACGACCGGUUCAACGACGACACCAUAGUGUACACGUACGCUGGUGGAACGAGUCAUGGAGGGGGCUGUUUAGACGGAGGCUUGGACUGUAGUGGGGGUGGUGGAUGUGAUUCGGGCG